AUGUCUCCUGAUUCCAAAUUCUCUCGUCUCUGCUGUCUGGUCGACAACUGUCUCAACCCACACCUGCCGGGACCGGAAACAGCAAAAGCAAAGGAGAAGGAUCUUCUAAUCUCUCUCUCUCAGAUUUUGAGAGAAAUUCAGGCUUGGAUUCGUGAACUUGAUUUCAAUUCUGAUAAAGAGACUGAAGGCGAGAAGAAAUGUUAUGGUGAAUCGGAGCUGCAUCACGAGGAGCAUAACUGUUUGAUUAAGAUAGUCACUGACUUGAUGCUUCUCCUUACAGUUGAGAAACAAUAUGUACAACAUUUGGCAGGCAAUGUUCUCGUAGUCUUUUCCGAGUUUCUGGCUUUGUCUGGAAAAGAGUGGGAUUCUUUUAUUGAUUUGAUGUGUACUUGUCUUCAAUUGGCAAUUGCCAAUGUGUUUUCGUGUUCUUGGGAACCUUCAAGAACUGGAGCUGAGUAUUCAAAUCGUGAUUCUUCAAGUUAUGUUGUCUUGAAAUCUACUUUGAAAGGUGCUAACUUGUCUACAGCAGCAGGAAUCGUUCAAGUUUUGAGAAAUAUAUUGAAACAUUUGAAGCAAGAGUGUGAUGAUCAACUUAUUGAAGUGUAUUUGGGUUCUGUCAGUUCCCUUCUUUCAAAUGUGCUUUGGGAUUCCAUGGAUGAGAUUCUUGUAGGUCAGGGUUGUGACACUUGGGAUGGUGAUCCUCAGAAUUGCUAUUCUAAGGAUGCUUCAGUUUUCAGAAGUUUUGGUGCAAAGGAGCCAAAAGUUCUGUUUCUAGGGAAUUUUAUUCAGUUCCUUAGCUCUAUGGUUGAGCUAAGUAGUGCUGUGGAAACUGAGGCAGACUCUGCUCCUUUUCCUGAGAUGCUGCUUCAGUCUGAUCAGCUUCACAGAAGAGACAAGCAAGCAAUGUGUGACUUCAAAGAUCACUCUCAAUGGUUGGGUCAUGUUAAUUUACCCCACUUACUUAAUUGGCUCAUCAUGAAUAAUUGGUGUGGCAAACCCACGUAG